AUGACGUUUGAAAACCAGACAGAGAUUACAGAAUUCAUCCUCCUGGGAUUUGGGGAAUUCUACGAAGUGCAGACACUUCUCUUCCUGGCAUUUCUAGUGAUUUAUGUUGUGAUGAUGGCUGGAAACAUUCUCAUUGUUGUCCUGGUUGUUUUUGAUCAGCAUCUUCAUACCCCAAUGUAUUUCUUUUUGGGGAAUCUCUCCUUCCUGGAGACAUGCUAUUGCUCCAAUUUAUUUCCAAGGAUGCUACCAGCUCUCUUGACUGGAGAUAGGAGGAUUUCUUUCACCGGCUGUUUAAUGCAAUGGUAUCUCUGUGGAUCCCUAAUAGCUACAGAAUGCUGUUUACUUUGUGUGAUGUCGUAUGACAGGUAUCUAGCAAUCUGCAAGCCACUGCAUUAUUUUACAAUGAUGAGCACCCAGACUUGUAUCCAAUUAGCAGCUGCAUCUUGGUCCAAUGGAUUUAUAGCCUUCCUGAUAUUGCUCAUUCUGAUGCUACAGUUAACAUUCUGUGGCCCGAAUGAAAUUAAUCAUUACUUUUGUGACUACUUCCCGCUCCUUAAGCUCUCUUGCAGUGACACCAGUUUGAUGGAAAUGUUGGGCUUUCUUGUGAGUGCCAUAUUCAUACUCCCUCCCUUUCUUUUAACGUUAACCUCUUAUGUAUAUAUAAUUGUUGCCAUCUUGAAAAUCCCUUCUUCCACUGGGAGGCAAAAGGCCUUUUCUACAUGCUCCUCUCACUUGGUUGUGGUAUCCAUAUUUUAUGGUUCACUAAUGAUUUUGUAUUUGUUACCCAAGGCUGAAGUCAACAGAGAGAUGCGAAAGAUUUCUUCUCUCUUGUACACAGCUUUGCCCCCUUUGGCCAACCCAUUUAUAUAUAGCCUGAGAAACAAGGAGGUCAAAAAUGCCCUGAGAAAUAAUAUUGGUAGGUUUGUGCUACACAAAGGAAGGCACAUGAAGUGUGGUCAUAUGUGA